CAUCGUCUUGUAUUGAGCGAGAAAAGCGAGCGAAGCCGGCGCUCUUUCGCGCUCUGAGAACAGCCGAAAAGUGGGCUACUAAAUAUGCAAAACAUCCAUUAGCCCGGGUUAGGGGUGAGUUCGUCCUCGUCGGGUUGGCUCAGCCCGGCAACAAGGCGUUCAGCAGGGCUGUUCGAGAUUCGCCGGCCAGCAAUUGCGCAACUUAUUGAGGUAGGCAUCCAUGAGGUUUAUCUGCAAGAUAGUCCAGCAUGUGAGCAAGGACCUCACCCCAACCCCUUUCUUUCGGUUGGCUUUUCUGCAGUUUGGUCCUCGGUGAUUCGGUUCAAAGUUCAAAGAUGCCCGUUCAGACAACCGGUUUCUAUCUGGACCAGCCUGUCUUCGACUGGACCUUCGAGGACCUUCCUCCGAGACGACCAAGCAUCCGCAUCUCCUCGAGAUCUUCUCGGUGGGACGUCGAUCGGUUGGUCAUUCAGUUGAGUUUGAACUUUCAUUCGGUCGCGACGCGUUCGCUGUUGUUCUUUUCUUUUUGGCCUUUAGUUAUUUGUUGAGCCGAAAAGAUUUGGGCGCUUGUUUUUCGUUUCCGUGGGAUUUCUGUUAAAUUUUAAUAUCGUUACAAAACACUGUUUUUGUUGACUUUUGUUGAAAAAAAUUGUUUUUGGAAAAAUUUGUGUUUGUUUUUAUCCAAUAUUCGUUGAGUUUGUGAAAAAAGACUGUGUAGAAAGAAGAUAUUCGACGAAAUCCCACCAAACGAAUAAUAGAAUACAGCUGAAGCUCAAAUUUUGAACAAAAUUCUAUCCUUGCCCAAUGCAAUCGAUUAUCCUUGGGACUUUGCUCUGAUUGUGCGAGUUUUUUCAACUGAAAAGUGGGAUUCGAAAUUUUGGCCCAUAUCUACUAACCAUGGAACACUCCAAUGGCCGUCGCAAGCCCAGCCUGGACCAGCCAGAGCCUCCUCAUCCACAGUCUUCGGUGCCGGGGUUUCCCUCGGCCGAGGAGUGGAGUGGCAAGCGGAAGCUCUAUGCCAUCGAGGAGCGGGAGGAGAGCUCGCCGGUGACUGUGGGCGAGGGGGAGGCGGAGGCGGCUUACGACGCGGACGUGGACGAGCUGGAACAGCCGGGGGGUGAGCGGGAGAUUAUCUACGCGCUGUUCCAGCCCUGGGCACUCUCCACCUACGGCGAUCAGGCCAAGACCAAGACGAUAACGCUGCGCAAGAAGGCACGCAUCCUGAAGGCUUUGGAGGGCAAGGAGCACAGUCGCCCGGACAGCUCCAAGUUUCGAUUCUGGGUCAAGACGAAGGGUUUUACUACCAACCGUCCCGACGGCUUUGAGGAGGCACCUGGAAGUCGCCGCUGUCUGAAGCCUCUUCCGACAUCUGCCAUUUUGUCGGAUAAUCCGAGAGAUGUGGACCUUUUUGCUGCAUCCACCAGCAAGGGGUUCGGUCGCCGGACUUACCGCAAAGUGGCAUGUGUCGAGGAGUUCUUCGACAUCAUCUACAAUGUGCACAUGGAGCUGGGUGGACGCAGUGGAAUGCAUGCGGGCCAGAAGCGCACCUACCGCAUUAUAACGGAAACAUAUGCGUUUCUGCCCCGCGAGGCAGUAACCCGCUUCCUAACCAUUUGCCCCGAGUGCAAGAAAAACUUGCGCCCCUCCUCGCCCCUGGGGGGUGGCAAGGAGGCCGACCUGGGCGGCAAUGAGAGCUCCUCGGAAGUGGAGAACUACCUGAAUUAUUCAUCACACACGGAGAGCUCGCUGGAGGCGGGGCCCACGGCCAAACGUCGCCGCCAUUCGAGCGCUGACCUCAAGGCCUCGAUGCCGGUGGCCGGUGGUUUGGCCCUGGGAGGCAACGGAGGCGGCAGCGGGGGUGGGUGUGGCAGUGGGACCGUGGGGGCAAGUGGCGCCAGUGAUGUACUAGGGGCACCCCAGCCGAGUCCCAGUCCCAAGCCACUUGGGGCACCGGGGGCAGUUGAAACCACGCCGGUUAGCGUGCCCAAAAUUCGGGUCAAGACCCAGCUGCAGCGUCCGUUGAGUCCGCCGGGUGUGGUCAAGGAGUCGGGCCAGGUUCAGUCCCAAACCAGUGGUAGUGCCAGCACCAAGGCCAAUCCUCCAUCUCAUUCGAGCCCCCAAAGCUUUGAUGUACAGCUGUUGAAAUCGCGGGAUAAUCUGCUUCGCUACUAUGACUUCAUGAGACGAUUCUAUGCUGGCGAACAGGUUUUAGCGCCGCCCAUCUAUGGCAGCAGUCUGCUUCAGAGUCUCAGCUAUCCAACCAGCAUCUCAACCCCAGCCACAACAACCCCUACAGUCCCGACAACCCCUACCACUACAUCUACCAUCACCACCACUUCAGACUCAGUUCUGGCACCACCUCCCAAGACACUCUCGCCCGGUCCGAAUCCUGGUCUUUCUACGUUCAAGACUUCUCCGGACAGUCUGCUGCGCGCCCGCUCUCCAACGGUCUCAACUGUCACGCCCACCGCACCUCCCAAAGACAGAGCCCACACACCGAUUAACCUAACCAAAUCUUUAUUUUCCAGCUCCAAGACAGGCAAUCCGGCCUCCACUUCGACCCCUGUGACCGGCACCCAGGCACCGCUCAAGCUGGAGCUGACCACUCCGCCCAAGCCGGUGCCGGAGCUGCGGAUUCCUCAGCUGCGCGGACUCCCACCAGUGGAGCUGUCAAUGCCGUUGCCGCCACUGGACUUGGAGCGUUUGAAGCCCAUUACUUCGACGUACUUGCAGCUGACGCGCAGCAUGGGACUCAGUGACGAGGAUGCCCUGCGGUUCGAUAACCUGGAAACCAUCCCAGCAACACCGACCGUGACCACCGAUACCACCAGCAGCGUGGUUGGUGUGGCCACCGGGGUCGCAGGCGGAGGAGGUUCCGGUGCGGGUGGUGGCGGCAUCGUCGGCGCAGGCGGACUCCUGGGCGAAAUGGUCAGCGGCCUGGGUGGCGGCGCGGGCAGCGAAUCGGAGGCGUACGCCGGCCUGAUGAAGGACGCCGACAAGUUGAAGCUGAUGCUGCUCGCCUGGAACUACCAGAACUCGACGGCGGUCCGCAACGGAACCGAGGGUCCCGACCUUUCGGUGGUGGGUGGUCUGUGGGCCCAGUACCAGAACGCUCUGGCCCAGAACGCUGCGGCAGCGGCGGCGGCCAGUGUCAAGAUGGACAGUUCGUUGUCGCCGGUGCCGCGGCAGGACACUCACUCGCCCAUGGAGACCCAAGACGAAACGAACUCGUCUGGACAGAAGGAGGAAGACGAGGUCUCCGAGGACGACUCUGACGACAAGCUGGAUGAGAAGUUGGCCACCACACACGAUCCCGAGCGCCUCAAGGCCUUCAAUAUGUUUGUGCGACUGUUUGUGGACGAGAAUCUGGACCGCAUCAUUCCGAUAUCGAAGCAGCCGAAGGAGAAGAUCCAGGCUAUCAUCGACUCGUGCGCCCGCCAGUUCCCCGAGUUCAGUGACAGAUCCCGCAAACGUAUUCGAACCUAUCUGAAGUCAUGCAGGCGCAAUAAGAAGACCCGGGAUGGAUGGGAGAAUACGACCCGACCCACUCCCGCUCAUCUCACGUCAGUGCAGGCGGAACAAAUCCUGGCCAUCGCCUGUGAGAAUGAGUCCAUGAAUGCCAAGCGAAUGAGGAUUGGCCUGGAGCCCAUUACCCACGCGGUUCCGGCGCCGGGCAGUGCAGUCGCCGCAGCAGCAGCCGCAGCUGCCGCCGCCGCUGUGGUGGCUGCCACCAGCUCAGGAGCCGGAGGAACCAGCACAACGACCGCUGGCAACGCAACCGUCACCUGCGGCGUGGGUGGAGCUGCGGAUGCCGCCGGACUCACCAGCGUUGCGGCUGCAGCUCUGCCCUUUGUUAGUGCCGUCGGCUUCGCCCGCUCUACCCCCAACUCGGAGCACGCGGAGGCCCUGCCUUUUGGGGCGGCCGGCACGGUAGGUGGCAGCGCGGGUGGUGGCAGCGCGAGCGGGGGCCAAGUGGGCGGUGGUGGGGGCAUGAGCUCAGCGCGAAGCUCUCCCCUCGCCCUCAGCUCCAAUGCCAGCGUGAGCGGCGGUGCUAGUGUUACUGGCCUCACCCUGGCCAAUGGCGCCGGGGCCUCCAACGGAGCCGGUCUGCCGGCCAGCAGUCCCUACACCACGGAUUUCAGCUCCCCUUCGACGGCUUCGCCGUUUGUGGCGGCGGCGGCAGCAGCGGCCGUAGCUGCCGGCCGGGCUCCUAGCUAUCCGGGAUACUUUCCAGGUGUGGCUGGCCUGGGAAAUGUUACGCCCACCGAUCUCUCGAUGAAGCCCAAUAGCCUCACCUCUGGCAUUGGCGGCAACUUGGUCAGCAACAACAACAGCAACAACUCCGUGGCAGGCAACAUCAACUCCCAACUGAGUGCUGCCAAUUUGGCCAGCCUGAGCAACGCGAACAACAACAACGCUCUGGUUACCGCCACGCAGCAGCUGCAGCAACUCCAGCAACAGCAGCAGCAGCAGCAACAGCAGCAGCAACAACAGCAGCAGCAGCUCCUGGGAGGCGGUGGUGGGGGCGGCAUGGAUGGGCAGUCCGCCCGAGCGCCGCCCAUCCUACCGCACAAGUUGAGCGCCAACGAGGUGACAGCGGCCCGCCAGGUGAUAUCCGCUUACCGCGAAAGCGCCGCCUUUCUGCUUCGCACCGCCGACCAGGUUGAGCAGCUGCUAGUCCAGCAGCAGUAGGUGGACCGGGGAGCGGGAGACGACAAAGGCUGUUAGGAAGCCGACGGCGGGGCGCACUCUAGGUUCGAGACCCAAGCGAUGCCAGGCGCGUGCGGGUUGUUCCUAUUUUAAAUUAAAUUUAAAAUGAAUUACACACACACUGCAACACUGAAGCCAAACUAAGCGAAAAAUAGUCAAACCAUAGAGCAAACUAACGAUGAGAACCAGAAGGGUCGAUCGCAACAUCGACAGCAGAUUAACGAAAUAGUCAAAGCAGUUUAUUUAAACAAAACAUUUUAAGUGUUUUUUCCUCCAACUACGUACAGCAUAUUUAAAAUAGAAUUAAACGAUAAACAAAAACCAAAAGAAAUAUUGCAAAUAUCACAACAGUAAAGUACUUGGAGCUGCCUCAGCUAGCUUAAAUGAUUCGAAAACUGUUUAAGAGAUCCCACCUUGUUUUAAAUUCCAAAAACUUGUAACUAUCCUCUGCAUGGAAGGUUUCAAUAUGUUACUUUAAUCUUCCGGUCCCAGAUGAAAGCCUACCCCGUUUAGAACCAUUUCAGGUAGCUGAGGUGGCUCCAGUUUAAAAUAAAACCAAGCAACAGUUCAACAUACUACAGUGUCUACUAAAAGUAAACCUACAAUAGCCAUACACACACACUCGCAUUGAUUUAGUUUCAACUUUUAAUUAUAGAAUACUUUUUGACUCUCGUCCUUCUGAGAGCCACUGAUUCCGGGCCCGUUUUUAAAGUGCGCGAUUUGUUACGAAAAUUAAAAAAAUAUAAGUAAUAAGUUGAAGUAUUGUUGUACAUUUUAAGCAAAAGAUUUAAAAAAAAUUUUAAGGAAAGAAAAAAAAACAAAAAAAAAAACGUAAAACUAUGAGAAAACACAGGGUGAUACUUUGAAAAAUUAAUACAAUGCAUAAGCUAAAAAUUAAUGACAAACAAAAUAUGUAAAGAAAGUCGAUUCGAGAAUGGCAUAGAUGUUGGUAAAUGUGUAUUUAACGUUUAGAGUUUACAUUUGAACACUGUUUUUUGGAUUAAUUGUAUUUAUCUUUUUGAGUUGUUGUCCCAUUAACUUUCUCUUACGUGUAUAUAUUUUAAAUGGUUCUUUUCAAAGACAUUUUAAGUUUAACUGUUGCUUUUUACUCGAAUUCGAUUAUGGAAUAAUACAAGUAAACUAAUUAUAUACAAAUAGCCAUUCAUGUUUUUUGCAAAUAUAAAUGUGCAUGUAAAAAUAAGAACAAUUUAAAACACACACGGACGGUAACGAAAAAAAAUAGUGCAUCAGUUAUGUAUGAGUGUGUGGCAGAGAAUUGGAGCAUCGCCAGGCAAGGCAAAUUAUAGAAUUUAAUGAUAUAAAUAAAUUGCUAAAAUUAUUUAACCAACAAUUAUUGACUACACCUAACUAAAUACUCCAAUGAAUCCGAUAAAUUGCUUGCAAGGCAGACAAAACAUUUAUACAGAAUACUUAAACAUAAAUUAAUGUGUGGCAUUUGCGUAGGAGAGUAAACUAAUUAAAUCAUCACGAGGCAACACGAAUGAAACAAGACAUUUUAAAAAUCGAAUUAAUAAAGAAUUUAUGAGAAUUAUAUGUACAUUAAAA